AUGAAGUAUAAGACCAACAUAACUGACGUCCUGCCUGCUCUCUCCUUAUGCCCGCCCGGCUUGUCGAUGGCGUCCAUCAUCGACGAGAUUUCUCGGGCGACGCAGAGCAUCACCGCCUCGCGAAAUUCUGUUCUGGCAGUCUACACAAUCAGCAUCUACGAAUGGCUGGACUGUCUUCCAACAGAAGUAGACCUGAUCUAUCCUUCCAAAUGGUCUUCAAUCAAGAUCGCCUAUUUCCUUUGCAGAUAUUAUCAGCUCCUCGUAUGGCCGUUGGUCGUUUUCUCCUACCUGCCGGACCACAACGUCGAGCUUUGCCAUUCGUUAACUAAAUUUGCCACUGCUGUUCUACUCCCUCUGCAAAUUUUCGCCCCAGCCGUGAUGUUGAUGCGCGCGUAUGCUUUUGCUGGUCGCCACAAAGGGAUUCUGGCCAUCUUGCUGUUUCUCUAUCUCGGACUGAUUGCGAGCGACAUUCUUUUCUUAUGCAUCGACGUGCCAACUCUCCCCGACAUCACCUUCAUCGUUCUCCAAGACACCGGCUGCUUCCCAGACUACUCACAACGUCCAAACCUGCUCCGUUUAGUGGCUGCGCUGGGUGCAUCGUCCCUGAUGGAUUUUCUCUCCCUGAUGGUCAUUGCGAUUUAUUGUCUACGGACGCACAGCACCCGGGGGACUUUGGGGAGGGCAUUCAUCAGGCAAGGCUUGGGGGCUUUCGUGAUCAUGCUUGUUAUCCACGCUGGCGCGUUGGGGACCUACCUUAAUCCCCAAAGCGAUCACAACGGCGUCGGUCUCCCCUACGCCCUCACCCUUUCGAAUGUGGUGGCAUGCCGUCUCAUCCUUGACUUGAGACGCAAGGCGCAACCAACAGAGACCGAAAUUCACCGCCAACACUCUCAGCUUGUUGACCAAGACCUCUGGAUCAUCGACGAAAGCGGGGAGUAUCAGCAUUUCCCGGUCGCUUCACCACCCCACCCUGUGUAA